CGUACCAGGGGCAUUUAUGAAAUAAACGCGCAUAUCAUGGCCACAACCCAAGCACACGGCCUCAUAAGGGCAGCGGGCGUCCUUAUCAGGAUCCUCCUCCGACGACGAGGAGUAUACUCGAUCAGUCAGCAAUCUUUUUGUGCCGGCGGCAGCGGAGGGAGCGGUCAUGAGCAUAAUCCCGUCAGCGUGACGCGGUGCCGAUGGCCGGAAGAUCAGGCCGCAAUUCGGGGUUACGGAGGGGAGCGGCGGCCGCUUCCGGGGAGGAGAUCACUCCCCUUCUUCCCUCCUCCUCCUACUACUCCGGUAGUAAAGGCGGCGGCGGCGGCGGCGGAAGGCGGUGGUUUGGAAGAGAGCAAGCGGCGGGUGCCGAGCUGCCCGGAUCCACUCCACAACAGGUAGCUUUGCAACUUUACCAAAAUGCCCCCUUUGGGAAGAGAAAUUACAUAAGUGACGCGAGGAUGGAUAAAUAUUCUUCUUCGAAGCUAGCACAAGUUCUCUUUGGCUUAAAUUUUUAUUUUUUCUGCUUUCGGUUUGCGCUCGAGGUCGAUGUAUAGGUUAAUUGACCAAGUAGUGAAGACAAGAAACGAGAAAAGGCUUUGAAUUUCUAGAAUCUCCAGGAGAGAUCUAUCUAUAUCUAAUUAAUUAAUUAGUAGUUUAUAUAUGUUGAUUAAGCAUGGAUUAUAUGCCUGUGGAUUUGUAUACCGCGGCUUAAGUAGUAUAUAUAUGUAAAAUCCAGAGAGAUUAAUCUCGGCAUA